CAACCACUCAUCCCACCAUGGACUCGGUCAUCGAGACGCAGCGCGCAUGCCACGAGGAGAUCGAGCGGUAUGAGCAGGCGCUCGCGGACGUGCUUAUGCAGCAGCCUAUCGGGCAACGCAACCUGACACGAAGAGACCGCAAGGCGGCUGAGAUCCUCGCGCGCCUCGGCGAGCUGCGGCACAACCUGGCGGUGCUAUACGAGGACGCGCCUGGAUUGCGGCCUGCUGAGCUUGCCGCGCUUUCCGCGCCGCCCCCAGGUGAAGGUGUCGACGAGCUCGCCGAAUUCUACACCCGCUUUGAGAAGGUCAAGGACUUUCACCGCAAGAACCAGGGGCUGAACGCGCGCGCGCUCAUCACCGCGAUCGACGAAAUGGUGAACUCGGACGGGUUGCAGACCAUUGAGGUUGAAGGCGAAGAGGAGCCCGUCAUCAUCGAUCCCCUCGACUCGGUGUUUAGCGGUGAGGAGGUGUACGGCCGCCAUCUCGACCUGUACGAGGCGCACGCGCAGUUCCUCAACCUCAAGGGCUCAACGCGUCUUUCGUACAUCGGCUACCUUGACAUGCUCAAGUCGGGCCGAGUUGAGCGCACGCUGGAUGUGCGGGAAAAGAGCCACGCAGCGUACUUGCAGUACGUCCAGACGCUCUACUCGUACCUCACGUCGUUCUUCGAGCGGGCACUGCCGCUGAUCGACAUAGAGAAGAAGCUGAAGGAGGAGGAGGAGGCCUUCGACAAGGCUUGGGCUGCCGGCGAGGUCAAGGGGUGGGACGAGGGGAAGAAGGCGGAGUCCACAGGGAGUGGUGGGAUCUGGUGUCCCUACUGUGCAAAGUCGUACGCUAAGCAGACGGUGUACGACGCGCACCUCUCCUCGGCGAAGCACAAAAAGAAGGAGGCGGCUGGCGUAAAGGUCGAGCAGGGCAAUGCGCCCGCCUCCUCCUCAACGCAGGAGACCACGAGGGAUAAGCUGCGGCCUGCGGCGCGCCUCACGUGGCUUGUGUGCGCGCUCCUCGUGUUCCCACCGAUCCCAGAGAAGAUCACCGCUUCCCGCGGAGAAGUGGAGCGGCGCGCGGCGUUGACGGCGCGUGAGCGCGAGGCCGAGCUCGAUGACACGGAGGAGGCACCGCCCAUCGUGCUCCCUCCACCAGGAGAGGAGGAGGACGAUGAGGAUGACGCACGUGUCUACAACCCCCUCAACCUUCCGCUUGGUUGGGACGGUAAACCCAUCCCGUUCUGGCUGUACAAGCUGCACGGUCUCGGCGUCGAGUUCAAGUGCGAGAUCUGCUCGGACCACGUGUAUAUGGGUCGCAAGGCGUUUGACCGACACUUCCAGGAGAGCCGACACGCCUUCGGAAUGCGCGCGCUUGGCCUUCCCAACACACGCCACUUCCACGAGAUCACUAAGAUCGCCGACGCCCUUGCCCUCGCGGAGAAGCUCAAGGCCGAGGGCCGCGCCGAGCUCAGUGCCAUGGACAAGGCGGAGGAGUUUGAAGACGACGAGGGCAACGUCUACGACAAGAAGACGUACGAGGAUCUCAAGCGCCAGGGCUUGUUGUAGAGUAUGACACUAGUAGAUUGCAUUAGACUGCAAGACAUGCAUAUGUUACCCCCAUCUACG